AAGGGCGGCCGUCCGUGUUCAGAUGCGGGAGAUGGGAAAAGAGAAUCGCUUUCGUGCUUUGCCUGCGGAAGAAUCUCUCUUUCGUCUGAAGCUCCGUGCGGCUGUUCUCUGCGUUUUGCCCCCCGGCGCCUCCUUCCGCCUUUGCCUCGCACCCUCCUCCCUCGCUUCGGUGCCUCCCCCGCUUCCUAGGUUCCCUUCCUGCAUCACGUGAUGGAGGGGCAACAUAUAAUGGCCCAGGUCCACAUCCAAGCUCCCUCGUCCUCCUCUGUGGCCGGGGAAGAGUCCAGGCGGUUGCCGAACCCCGUGCGAGUUGCAGCCCGGGAAAGAAUGGCGGGGGGACGCCUGUUGGACAGUCACAGCCUGGAUGGGAUAAGCCAGGUAUACGGUGCAUCCAAGAGCCAGGAAGGAAGGAGGGCCACCAUAUCAAGCGCCUUGGAAUUGGAAGGAACCGUGAGUUACGAUGGGGACCUGACCCAUUUUGUGGCCAACAACCUGCAAAUGAAGAUCAAGAUGAGCUCUCGGGGCAGUCUGGACGAUACGGAGCCCAUCUCCUCCACCUCGGUGUCAUCCCAACUGUCUGUCCGAGGCAAAACCGCAGACAUCCCACAGGUCGACCCACAGGUCCUUUGGGAUCUGGAAAGGCUCACCAGGGAUGUGGCACAGAGAGUGGACCAGAUGCUGAGAGCCUUGAACAGCGCUAUCCAGAACAUGACGGCGCUCAGCGUGGGGUACAUCCAGACCUACCGAGAUGCUGUGGACAGUUUGGGCGAAUCCGUGGACAUGAGCAUCAAAGGGAUGUACACUCUGAUGGCGAGGUGCGAGGAGCUGGACCGGUCCAUGCAGCCCAUCCACAUCCUCGCUGACCAGAUCCGGGAGAUUAAGAGGACUCUGGAGGCCUUUGAGGCAGUCUGCAAAUAAUGCCCUUUUUCAGAAACGGUUAACUUGUGGAGUGGUGGGGAAUGAACCAGGAGUGAGCGUUUGACUUCCUGCGAUUCAGGCUUUGAAAGGGAAAUUCGUGUUUUUCAUGUUGUGAAAUAAAUAAAUUAUGGCCAUA